AUGUUCCUCCUCUUCUUCUUCUUUUCCCUCCCUCCCCACCCGUCAAGUCUCCUCCUGAAGGUCGCUUUGGAGCACUAUGGGGAGGCGCUGGCCUGCGGAAAUCAGUUCAUCUACCAGUCGAUGCCGCGUUUUCUCACCCUGUGGCUCGACUACGGUGCGGAAUUUGCGCAGAAACAGGAAACUACUGCCACCACCAUCACAGGCAAUACUUUUCGCGCUGGUGCAUCCGAGACUGGUGCAAACGAGGACACAUCAGCCGCCACGUUUGAUGAAGUGCAAGCGCUUAUGCGAGCCAGCCUUCAGAAGAUACCACCGUACCAAUUCUAUACGGCGCUGGGGCAAAUCCUCUCUCGAGUUUGCCACGAACAUCCCUCUAUUGUGAACAUGCUGGUGGACCUCAUUGUGCGCGUUCAACCGUCGCUCAACGGCGUGAACGAUGCCAGCAGAUAUUUGCUCAAGUUAGGUAAGUUCUCGGGUGCUGUAACUAGUUUGUUUAAUAUUCUAAAUAUGCGUCAACUCUGA